AUGUCGACGCUCAACAAGAUGAAACGGUCAUCUAUGGGAUCCAGGCUCAGAGAAAAUCCCAUCCAUCUCUUUGAAUGUUUCUGUGAAGUUACUGCACCUACUGAGGACAACCUAAAGCCAUGGAUUCUCCAAAAAUUCCCAGAGUCUUUCAAUGAUCAGGCUGUUCUACGGCCCACUCCUGAGUUCACCUUCCCAUGUGACUUUGAAAAGACUACAGUUCAGCACUUCAGUUUUGUCCUGACAAGUGGUGAUUCAAAGUGGACAUUUGGCUUUUGUCGCCAUGCUCCAAAAAGUGAUACUGCCAUUAUUUUGUUGAGUCACCUACCUUGGCAUGAAGUGUUUUAUAAGCUUCUCAACCAAAUAGCAGAUGUCAUGCAAAAAUCUGACAGUGGUGCACUAUGGAGAUUCCUUCAAGAUGUUUACAAAGCAUCAGUACCUGAGCCUGGCACAGAUCUCACUAUCAAUGUUGCAAGCAACACAUACUCAUGGAAAUGCCCUGAUCAUUUUAAACUUCCUUCUAUACCUGAGAAUAGGAACCUCACAGAGUACUUCAAUGCAGUUGAUGCACAAAACAUGAUGGAGAUAUUUGCAUCAAUGUUAUAUGAGAGAAGAAUAGUUAUCACAUCACGGCGUCUUUCACGCCUCUCAGCAUGUGUCCAAGCUGCAAAUGAGCUCAUCAUGCCCAUGACUUGGCAACAUAUUUUCAUACCAGUACUACCAAACCAUCUCAUUGAUUACUUGUCAGCACCAAUGCCAUUCCUCAUUGGUGUUCCUACUUCCAUCAUGCAGAAAGUGAAAAUAGCAGAGCUUGGAGAAGCUGUGAUUCUGGAUGCUGACAACAAUAAAGUGACUACACCUUUUCGUGAUCUGGAGAGUCUUCCCCUUGAUGUGGUCCUUCCACUGAAGAGGAACUUGAAGAACCCUGAUGGGAUGCUUGGUGAUAGAGUGAGUCGGUCAUUCCUGAAGGCUCUUGUCCAGCUCAUUGGGGGUUACAGAGAAGCUCUCAUCUUGAAAGAGGGAGAACUAAUCACGUUCAGUCCUGAAGCAUUUGUACGCACUAGACCCUCCAUGCAGCCCUUCCUCGAGCAGAUGUUGCAGCUGCAGAUUUUCCAACAGUUCAUUGAGGAGAGGUUGGAGGUGCUAAAUUCUGGCCUAGGGUAUUCAGAUGAAUUUGAGAAGGAGGUAUGCCUUUAUAGUGGGAAGCCAGCAUCUGCCUUCUUACAGAUCCAGCCCAAAGAAUGGUUUGAUCAAGUGCGCAAAGAGGGUGGAGCUUUUAUAAAAACUGUGAAGACAAAGGCUAAUCCAGCGAUGAAGAGUGCAGCUAAAUCAGUGAAGGUAGUGAGAGAAAGAAGCAAAUCAGCAUACAGAGACAUCAGGACAAAGCUUCGUGAGGGGGGUGAUACACACAGUGUGAAGAUUCACUCAAUUAUGAACAAGUCCUUGGGCACACCAUCACCUCCACCUAGAAUGGUGAUAGAGGAAGAGGAUGAAGGCGAAACAACCCAUUCAGCUCCUACGUCACCCACACAACAAGUACCUCGCUUUGCAAAGCCAUUCUCUCCUUCUCGAGCUCUUUCCACUUUUCGGAAAACAUCUCAGCAGUUGAACCCUCUUCAAAAUUCAAGAAGUUCCCUAUCAAGUCCAGCAUCCACUCCUGCUUUGGGUCUUGAUGAGAAUGCAGUGGAAUCAGAUGGUGAUAUAGACUUCCCAACCAUUGAUAUGUCAGAUCUCAGAGAAGUCCUAGCUCGCAAAUUUAAUAUCCAUGAGGACCUGCAAACCUCUCAGUCUGCCAAAACUGAAAGAACAAAUCAAGAAGCACCUGUGGAGGAGGUGGUGCAAGAGAUUGGUGAUCUUGUCCAAUGGGAUUCGCCUGAAAAAGAUGCUCCUCCCCCUGUGCCAAGUCGUGAAGAUUCUUUGUCGUCUUUUGAUCCUCUUCUAUCACCAAAGUUGAAUGAUUCCUCUCCAUCGUCCACAAACAUGGGUGCUGCUAGUCCUCGUCCAAGGAAUCUCCCUGAAUCGUACGUCUGGUGUACUCCACCUACUGCUUUUCUUCAACACAGUCAUCAUGCUGCUGUUGGAACCAAUCCAAAAUUUGUAAACCUCAAGAGUAGUGGGGGUGAUGCUGCAAGUAAUUUGUGUAAUCACUCCAUUGCCCAAAGAUCAAAAUCUCCAUCUCUGAUUGACCAGGCCUCAGCAUCAUCAAUUGAAAUGCCAUUGACUGCCCUCUCCCGCCAAACAACAGCCUCUCCUCUACUUGAGCCUGAAAGGCUAAGUCACCCAAAUUCUGGGAGCAACAGCCCAAGAAAGCCAGAUCCCUUUCAUGAUCUUGACCCGUUAAGAGAAUAUCGCCAGGUUUUCCAGAAAGUUGUCCACUGUGAACCAGAACUACCAAAGAGUGAAUCUUCCAGUCUGGAUGAGAUGAGACGCAAUUUUAUAAAUGAAUCCAUGCUGCAGUCUCCUGUUCAUCCAGAAGUUACAGAGAGGAAUGGAGUGGAGUCACAUCAUGGUGUUCCAGGAGGGGUGAAAAAGGCAGUAUUCAUCAUCAAAGGUCCAGUGGUAGAUGAAGUUCAUAGCACCCUGCAGUCUCUCAUCAAGAACACAGAGUUAGAUUAUGUCAUUCUUGUUGUCUGCACUCCUGCACGAGUUCAAUAUUUUGCUCACUUUGGGUCCCAGACUGACUCUGAGGACAGAGUCAGGACUGUCAUGGAUUCCCUGGAGAAGGAAAUUCUAUCAUGGAUGGAGAAUCCAGACACAGCAAUACAUAAUUCACCACUAGAGAUUUGGCACCUCCCCAAAAGCAUCCAGCUGAAGAUUCGACAUUUUGCUGCAUGUUUGAGUGCUAUGUUUGACAGCUUGAAUGUUCGAGAUGAGAUCUUUGUUACUGGCUCUCUCAGUAAAUUGGUAGCUAUGGAGCUGCUAAAUCUGCCAGCUGCACGAAUGCGAAGAAAAAUGGCAAAAGGUAGACUCAGCUUGGUGCUGGUGGACCGUACUCUGGACAUGAUGAGCUGUACAGGGCAUGUGGAUAAGACCAUCUGGGACCGAAUGGUCUCAUUGCUCCCCCUAUUUCCAGGCACAUCUACUGACAUCUGCAUUAAUAUGACCCCUCUUUGCAGCACUGCACUUCCUUCAGACUUCCCUGUGAUAGUUCCAGGUUGCUUAGGGGAGAUAGGAUAUGAGGAUCCAAAGCUUCUUGAAUUGCUUUGUUCCCAACCCUCAAGAGCCAUACUUGAGAAUGUCACCAAAAGAUUAAGAGACACCCUUUGUGGGGAAAGUACGAGUAGUCAGUCACAGGAUCUCAUGAAGUCUCUCCAAGCUCAAAUUCAGACAGUCAAGUCAAAUUUUGAAGGUGUGAAGCAAAACAUCAAUCUCCUGCAGAUAUGCCUUGCCUUGAUGGAAACACUGCAGCAUCCAAAAAAUGAACAACUAGAUGGAAUGGCUGGCCUGGAAAAGGUGCUGGUUCAGAACAUUCAUGAAGAUCCGGAGGAUUCUGUUAACCAGCUGUGUCUGCUGAUACACAAGCACAGAGACAGAGGAUUUGACCUGGAUGACAUCUUAGCACUCCUGACAUACAUGUAUUCACUUCUUGGUGAGCAAAUGGAGGAGCUGGUUGGGGAACCCAGAUUGGAGUCAGCCCUGGGUGAAGCCAUGUGGGAGCAUAGAGCCUCACUCCCACCAAUCAUGGAAGCAAUGGAAGCAAUGAAGUUGCUUAAUGAAGCAUCAGAAAGUCAUGCUGUGACAGUCACUGGACUUCUUGAACGCCUCCUGUAUGACUUCCAUAAUUCAGACAAGAGGGACAUCCCAGACUUGGAAUACAUGUCAGGAGGAUUUGGGGACUUUCUCAAAUCUGGUCUAGGUGCCAUCCCUCUGCCUUUGACAUUGGCGGAGGAGGGGGCAUCAGACAGGGCAUAA